AUGUUCCCAGUCAUCAGCACCCCGACCAUGGCCCUCAAGGGAACCCUCGCAAUCCUCCUCGUGCUCUCCAGCACACUCCUCGCCACGGGCCAGAAAAUCAGCGGCCCAGAAUUCAACAAGCCCUUUGGCGGGCCGCCAGCGAGCUACUUCCAGGCCGCUGCGACGAUGCCCGUGGCGGCCCUGCAGACGGCGGCGACCGGUCUCUCCGAGUCUCCUGGCAACGCCGUUGCUGAUUAUAAGCUCUCGUCGUCGUCGAAGCAGAUGUCGACAAUUUAUACGGAUUGGGCGGAGUUGGAUGGGGGCGCCGCUCUUGUUUGGACGGCUGAUAUGGAUGUCGAUUGUGAUGGAAUCGACUACAAGUGCGAUGGCAACAAGGAUGGCCAGGCACUGACAGACUACGGUGCACUGUCUGCUUAUGCGGUCCCGUUCAUCGUUAUCCCCCAGGAAUACGUGUCCUCUGGAAACCAAGACGCCAUUCCUGGAAACAACGUCGCCGCCGUUAUCUGCAACGGCAAAAUGUUCUACGGCAUCCUCGGCGACACCAACGGCAAUGACCCCCAGGUCACCGGCGAGGCCUCCUGGCUCAUGGCUCGCACUUGCUUCCCUGACGACGAUCUGCGCGGGAAUUCAGGACACGCCGAAGGCGAUGUUACUUACAUACUCUUCACCGGCCCGAACGCGGUCCUCCCCCCCUCGGCUGUGAACGAGCACUACAUCACGGACUUUGGCACGCUCAAGUUCAUGGGCGAUAGACUGGUCAACGCCCUGCUCGUCAACCUCAGGCUCCCCGGUGCGACCCCGUCAGAGGACAAUGGAGCUUCCCAGCCACAGCCUCCACCCCCGGUCCAGACACAGUCGCACUCGCCGUCACAGUCUCAGGCUCCUCCUUCCCCUGCAUCCGUCACAGGACAAACUGAGCAGCCACACACGCUCACACCCUCGCCUUCGCCCUCGUCGCCCAAACCAGGGCCAGAGGCCGAGCCUGCCCCCUCGCCAUCGACACCAGAGGACAAUAACGACGAUAACGAUGGCGAUGAGGACGACUGCGAUUGGCCCGGCCACUGCGAAGGUAGUUCCAACUCCUCCUCCUCCUCCUCCUCCUCCUCCUCCUCCUCCUCCCACCUGGACCCAAGCACCAACCAGCCCGUUCUCCUGCUCGCGUUCCUGCUCGUUCUGAUCCUGACCCGUGGAUUGUAA